GUAAAUGGAAGACAACUUCUUACCCGACAAACCCGCCCGCCUCCAAAUGAUUUCUUAUCCAACCAACAGCAGACGACGCCAAGUAUCAAGCAACCUCCCGCUCAAGAGAUGGCGUAUCAAGAUGGGCUGCAUCCGAAGCAGACCAUCGCCCUGAUUAUUCUAGGCCUCCUUCAUAUUUUCAUCGGAGUUGCUGUGAUAAUUUUACACAUUUGUAUGAUAGCUGAGGUUACUGCGUGGGCAGUUUUGAUGAAAAACCGUUUGGUGACCGUGCACUCGCCCUUAUGGUGUGGAUCGUGGUUCAUUCUUGUGGGGUCGUUUGGGAUUUCUACGGCACCGUGUUGUCAGCCGGAUCCCGUGGCAACUAAAGCCUGUAUGAAGCACUUGUUCCUAGUUCUCUCCGCAGUGACCACUGCAUUUGCUCUAAUACUUGCUGGCGUCAACUUUGCAGCAGCAGGAACUAUGGACCCAACCAAAGGUUCGCUGCAGUUAGGUCUGAGCGUGACGAUUGGCGCACUUGGCAUCGUGGAAGUUAUCAUUUGUAUCAUCUCUACCCUCUGGGCCAGACCAAAAACAAGACCAGGUGGCACAGGUGUAAUUCCUGGGGGGUAUGUUCAGUGCCAGGAACAGCCCAGAGCCUACGUCACGCCAGCGCAAUUGCAGAUUUCCCCCGAGCAGCAAAGAACAUUUGUAACCGUCACCCCGGCAACCACGCCUCGUGCAGAGCCAAGACAAGACCAUCCCAAUUUUAGACAUCAUCAGAGGCAGAAACAUCAGAAACCACAACAACAGCAUCACCAUCAUCAUCAACUUCAUCACCACCAGCAGCAAGAAUUGCAGCAACAUCAUCAACAACAACAACACUUGCAGCAGCAACAGCAGCAGUUCCAGGACCAACAGCAUAUGACGGUGAUCAGCCCAGAUAACCUCUACCCUGGCGUCUAUACCCCGCAAACACCUGCUAAAUACCAAGUGUACACAUUCCCAAGGGUGAAUGUGGCGCCAUCUAGACCUCUGCCUGGAAUGUGGAUGGAGAGCUAAAUCAGGGCCUGCUUUCACAAAAUGACUGAGGUGGAAUAUUAUGCAUGGCAGAGGCUGCUUAGACUAUUAGUUAUAGCAAGAUUUCUGGAAGUAGUUUUAACUUAAAAGACUUAUAAGCAGCAUUUUGCUAAGAAUCUAAGAAGCUGUUUACCUCAUUUUUAAGACUGAGCACUGAGAGCGUGUCAAAAACGUGUUCCAAUUUCAGCUGAAAUUAUUAUUUACCAACAAUUCAUAAAGAACUCAUAGACAAGUUUAAUUGCAGAGUAUCACUCUCAUGGACAAGUGUUUUCAAAGUUGAUAUUAAG